UGUUGUCAACCUGUAAGGUAAACGACUCUUCUUAUAAGAAGCUUCUUAUAAAAGGAAAGAGUACUGCAGCUGUCGUUUUUUUAACGGUUUUUGAGAAAGUUCGAUUUCCGUUUUCUUUCUACUACUCUUGAUAGACGUUGAGAAUCACUGGUUUUCUCGCCUGACCCUCUUCAGCUAACUAGCUUGCUUGCUUUCUUUGAGUAGCUCUUGAUCUGGUUCAGCUUCUUUGUUGUUCACUUUCUUCUAUAUUUUUUAUAACGUUUCACUCUACCUCGGUGAACUUUUUGUCUAUUCCAAAGGAGACGUCUUUUUUCUAAUCUAUAGGGGAAACAUACACACACCUAGUUAUUUUGUUAUUCUUGCAUUGCAUCUUCUUUAUUUUUUACCUUUUUUUUUUUUUUGCUUUGCUGGCUUAGUUAGUAUUUAUCACAGUGCCAAAAGCAAUCGAUUUUUGUUGAUCUAAAGUGGAAUUUAUAAAUUGGGAAGGCUUUGCUCUUUGUUAAUCAUAUUUCCAUUAUCCUUCUUCCCUCUCUUUUUGUCCGCCAGUUUAUUUUAUUUUAUUUUUUAUAUAACUUGGCUUUCUUGUUAAGUUCUUUUUAUUUUUGACCCUAUUUUCCAACUAGCUAUCGCAGAUUCUCAUCGAACAAGAUGCCUGAAGGUGCCGGUAGACCCUGGAACCUUACACAAGCGCAAGAGGAUAAACUAAAGUUAUUAUGGACUCUUAUAUUUAAACUCUUUGAUAAGCCCAUCGUCGAACGAACAAGCUCCUGGUCAACGGCCAAAACCCAUCUUUCCUCUCCCACCUCUUCUGAUUCUCCUGCAGAUUCUUAUCAAUCGAGCUUCGUAUCUUAUACGAGGUCACAGAUCGAUGGCUUUUUGCCUAAUUCUGGUUCUGAUUCUCGGGGAGGAAAAAGUAAAUCCACAGGUUGUGCCGAGCGUAUUGCCAGUAUUACCUCUGAAUGGGAUCCAGAAGAAUUGCGUCUUGCAUUCUGGGAUGCCGUCAAUUGCGAUGAUCCUGAUGGACUAUUGCUCCGUUUCCUUCGAGCUAGAAAAUGGAAUGUCGAGGCUGCUUUAGAAAUGUUUAUAAAAACUGUCCAUUGGCGUAGUCGUGAAAUGAACGUUAGCGACAUUAUUUAUCAUGCUGACCAUCUUGACAAAGACGAUGAUUUUGUUCGUCAAUUACGAAUCGGUAAAUGCUUUAUAUUUGGCGAAGACAAAAAGAACCGCCCCGUUUGUUAUAUCCGUGCUCGGUUACAUAAAGUUGGUGAUGUUUCUCCUGAAUCCGUUGAGCGGCUUACUGUUUGGGUCAUGGAAACCGCACGCCUUAUUCUGAAGCCUCCCAUUGAAACAGCUACCAUUGUUUUCGAUAUGACAGAUUUUAGUCUUUCUAACAUGGAUUACGGUCCUUUGAAGUUUAUGAUAAAAUGCUUUGAAGCCCAUUAUCCGGAAUGUUUGGGCGAAUGUAUCGUACAUAAAGCUCCAUGGCUUUUCCAAGGAGUUUGGUCUAUCAUUAAAUCAUGGUUAGAUCCAGUUGUUGUUUCAAAGGUCAAGUUUACAAGAAAUGUAAAAGACUUGCAACAGUACAUUAAAGCCGACAGCAUCUUAAAAGAGUUUGGUGGACCAAACCCUUGGAAGUACACUUAUCCUGAGCCUUGCCAAAAUGAGGCAGAAGCACUUAACAAUGUUGAUGAACGACAAAAAUUAAAAUCUAGGAAAAAUUUGAUUGCUGAAGAGUACGAAGAGGCGACCGUGGAUUGGAUCCUAAAUGAGAAUCCGGAAACUAAACAGCGACGCCGCAAGCUUGCCGGACAGCUUAUUGAGUCCUAUUGGUCCUUGGAUAAGUAUAUUAGAGCACGUUCUGUUUAUGACCGUAUGGGUCUGAUUGCACCCAAGUCUUCUCAUCCCGUUUAUCUUUACCAACCGAAGAGUGGAGAAGAUGCAGAUGGUAUAAAAGAGCCAGUAGUUGGAGUGGCUAGUGAAGAAAAUUUAUAAUCUAGAAAGGAAAAUGAAAAUCUUCUAUUUCCACUUUUACGUGUCAAGUUCCUUUUUGGCUUCUAUGUUUACCUUCCAUUGGACAUGAGCUUCAGAUGAUUUUAUCUUAUUACGCAUCACACACGAUAAUCGUUUAACCCCUUGUUUUUGUUUCCCUUCCUCGCAUUCUCCGCUUUCUUUCCAUUUCAUUGAUGAGUCUUGCUCGUACCUAAUAAUAACGCUCUCUUUUCUCUUAACACUAAUCAACUAAGGACUUUCUUUAAUAUACUACUUCAAGAUUUGAUAUAUACUACGAAGUUUUGGUUGCAAAUAACAUAGGAUGCCUCUAAGGGACGACCUAUGUCUAAAAACUCUGUCAUCUAUGCUCUAUAAAAGUACUUUUGGCUAUAAUAUGCUAUUUUUGAUUUCAAUUGUAUUUAUUAUCAUUUACAUUAUCAAGAUAAUGGUUUAGCUUAGGUGGAUGGGUUUAUAUGAUUUUCCUACAAGUUAAACUAUGAUAACUAUGCUAGCUACCUAUGUUACAAAAAUUUUCCCCCAAACUAAGACCAAAUAUAUGGGACUUAAAUUGUUUAUGAAAUUUAGAAUCUUACGUACUGUUUUAAAUGAAAGUACAAGCUGACAUUAUUAAAGAACUGAGUAAGUAGGUAU